AUGCAAAUCUUGCCGGAUCAAGCCGACGCGUCGAUCAAGAAAUUGGCAACGAGAGCGAAGUGGGGAGUACAAAUGACGGGAAUUCUCAAUGAUUUCCAAUUGGAUCAUUUCAUAAACUUUACUGUUAAAUGGAAGAAAAGUUAUCAUAGUGAAGAAGAGGUACAGAAAAGAGCAAAAAUUUGGAAAGAAAAUAAAAAAGAAAUUGAUGAGGAAAAUAAAAAAGCGAGGGGGUAUAAAUUGGGCGAGAAUCUCUUCACCGAUAUGGACGAUGAUGAGAAAGCGAAGUACGUGAUGGACAUCAACACAGCGAAUGCUGGCGAUGAAGCGAUUAAGAAAAUUGCGAAACGAGGGAAAAGAGCCGCGAUCACUUAUGUUGGCGAGUUGAAAGAUUGGCGUAGACCGGCGUGGAUGCCUGCGAUCAGAGAUCAGGGAUCGUGUGGAUCGUGUUAUGCUUUUGCUGCAAUCAAUGCAAUCGAAGUUCAAUGGAAUUCCCUUGGUCAUACGGCUCAAUUCUCGGAACAGCAAAUCGUGGAUUGCACUGGAGACAACUAUGGUUGCGGGGGUGGAUGGCCGGAGAGAGUUUUCAACUAUUCGUAUUAUUACGGUAAUGCUGGACGUGGCGUUUAUCCGUACACAGGGAAGAAAGGAGUUUGCAGAGGGACGGCAAGGUCGUACAUUGUGUCAAAUUGGUACCAUUUGACAACGCUCGCCCAAAUGGUCUCCUACAACUAUUGGUAUGGGCCGAUUGCGUUCAGCAUCAACGUGCCCAGCUCUCUUUAUUCGUACGUUGGCGGGAUCUUCUAUCCACCACAAAGCACUUGUACAAGCAUUGUCAACAGAGGAGCUCAUGCCAUGUCGAUUGUUGGAUACGGCGCUCAAAACGGUGUUCCUUAUUGGAUCGUAAGGAACUCGUGGGGUGCGAGCUGGGGUGAAGGUGGAUAUUUCAGGAUGCGUAAAGGUGUAAACAAUUGUGGAAUGGAGAAACGCGGUGUUUACAUCCCUUUCGUUUACGGGCAAAGC